AUGUUCUCGGGUGUCGAGUGGUUACUACCACGCGGUGAUAAACCAGGUGGUGGCUGUGGUGGUGUUAAAACAGAGAUGAGUGUUGAGGAAGAUAUCGAUUCUUUCGUACUAAUAUUACAAACAUCGAUCUCUGGUGACAUUGGUAGUAAUGCAGAUCCAGUAGAUUCAUUUGUUAUACUAGUAUUAGAUGAGUUGAAAACAUUAUUAUUGUCUUGGUAUAGAGAUAUACAAAUCAAAGAUUAA